AUGAACUCUCUUCAAUACCGUUACAUUCUUUCUCCACAUUCCACAAAACCCCGGUUUUCUCACACUUUCCCGCCUCAUUUUCAUUUUCCUGGAACAAGAAGAAGAAAACACGGUUUCUCAAUAUGCUGUUCUUCGAAAACCGAUGAACGGCCUCCGUUUGAUAUCAACCUUGCCGUUAUUCUUGCUGGCUUCUCCUUUGAAGCCUACUCAACUCCACCUGAAAACUUGGGUAGGCUUGAAGUUGAUGCUGGUGGUAGUAAGACCAUCUAUCUUUCUGAGGAAUUUUUUCAUGAACUUUAUGACGGGCAAAUUUUCAUAAAGUUGAAAAAGGGAUCCAGCUUCCUUUCCAUGAAUCCAUGGGGAACAAGUGAUCCAUAUGUGGUCAUACAGAUGGGUUCUCAGUCUGCUAAAAGCAAUAUCAAAUGGGGGACAAAAGAGCCAACAUGGAAUGAGGAGUUUACUUUUAAUUUUAAGCGGUCUCCAGACAAAGCUCUACAGGUUGCAGCUUGGGAUGCAAACCUCUUAACCCCACACAAACGCCUUGGGAAUGCAGUUGUUGAUUUGGAAUGGCUUUGUGACGGAGAUACACAUGAAAUACUGGUGGAGUUGGGAGGAAUGGGUGGUGGUGGCAUGGUUUGGCUGGAGGUAAAAUAUAAGACCUUUGAUGAAAUUGAUGAUGAGGAAAGUUCUAAGUUAUCAAAUGAUUCUGCAUUUAUGUUGAAGUAUCAUUCUCAGGAGGCUGGUAGUUCAGAUUCAGAAGCCUUUAAUGAAGCUUCUAGUGAAAAGAGAAACAUGGAAGAGUUUCACUCACGUGACAGUGAAACUGGAAAUGAACACGCUUUGGAACCAUCACCACAAGCUAGUGAGGAAGAACUAUCAAAUCAACGUUUUUGGACGAAUUUUUCUAAUGUUGUCAAUGCUAACAUUGUUCAAAAGCUUGGUCUCUCUGUUCCGGAGAAAUUAAAGUGGGAUGGACUGGAGUUUCUAAACAAAAUUGGCUCGGAAUCCCAAGAUAUUGCAGAAGAUAUUUUUAUUCAAUCUGGUCUUGCGAUACCUGGAGGCAUAGAAGAAUCAGAUAAUAAAACAAGUGGUCAGCCUGCCAUUGCUGCAAUCCAGUCUUCACUUCCAGAGGUCAAAAAGGCAAGUGAGAAAUUGAUGAAGCAAACUGAAUCAAUUUUAGGAGGUUUAAUGCUUUUGACGGCAACAGUUUCCAAAAUGAAAGAUGAAGGGCGUUCUCCUGAAGAGAGGAAAACCAAAGAAGAUUCUACCAAAGGAGUAGGAAGAGACAUUCAAUAUUCUGCUAGUGAGAAGUCUCCUAGCCCAGAAAACGGAUCAUUUUUGGAUGAUAAACAAACUGAAGAAACGAGAGCCCUUUUUUCAACUGCUGAAAGUGCCAUGGAAGCUUGGACAAUGCUGGCCACUUCACUAGGUCAUCCUAGUUUCAUUAAGUCUGAGUUUGAAAAGAUAUGUUUCUUAGAUAAUGCAUCCACCGACACACAGGUUGCAAUUUGGCGUGAUUCUGUGCGAAGAAGGUUAGUGGUUGCAUUUAGGGGAACAGAACAGACAGCAUGGAAGGACUUUGCAACGGAUUUAAUGGUUGUUCCAGCUGGGCUGAAUCCUGAAAGGGUAGGUGGAGAUUUCAAGCAAGAGGUUCAAGUUCACAGGGGCUUUCUAAGUGCAUAUGACUCUGUAAGGACCAGGAUCAUUUCUCUGAUUAGACUUGCAAUUGGUUAUGUAGAUGAUCAUUCUGAGUUCACCCACAAAUGGCAUAUUUAUAUGACUGGUCAUAGUUUGGGUGGUGCAUUGGCUAUCUUGCUUGCCCUUGAACUUUCAUCAAAUCAAUUAGCUAAGCGAGGAGCGAUUUCUAUUACUAUGUAUAAUUUUGGUUCUCCUAGGGUUGGUAACAAAAGAUUCGUAAAGGUUUACAAUGAGAAAGUUAAAGAUAGCUGGCGAAUUGUGAAUCACAAAGAUAUCAUUCCUACAAUGGGCAGGUUCAUGAGUUAUUGUCAUAUCAAUCAACCUUUAUUUCUUGCUGCAGGAGUUUCAACGAAUUCCUUAGAGAAUAAAGAUAUUCUUGGAAAUGGUUCCGAAAGUGAUGUUCUUGGGGAAUCCACACCAAAUAUCAUAAUCAACCACUUUAUAAAGGGCGAAGUGGAACUUAUUGAGCAGUUGUUAGAAACUGAAAUUAAUAUAUUUCGCUCAAUCAGAGAUGGAAGUGCUUACAUGCAGCAUAUGGAGGACUUCUAUUACAUCACAUUACUAGAGAAUGUAAGAUCAAACUACCAAGUUGCCUCAAGGUCAGAACAAGAUAUUAACACCAGUUUAUCCUGA